UUGCUUGCACGGCCGCCAUAUUGUGUGACACUAUUUUGAUUCUUAUCUGUUGGAAGUGAAAAGGAAGAGAGAAAAUAAGGGGGAGCAGAGGGGGGAAAAGCAGAAGAGCUGUCAGAAGAUUUCUCGAGUCUGAGAAGCAGCGGGGCGGCGUGUGUUUCUCCCCCACCGCGGUCUGUACCCGAGCGGGCCUGGUUCUGCUGGCGGCCCGGCCCAGCGCAGUUCCGCCGCGGGGUCUCGGGGGUUGCAGGCGGCCCGGGGAGCGGCGCCCAACGCGACGAUGCUACGAUAGUGUGUGAGCGUGUGUGCUGUGGUCAAGUCUGUUCGGUUUUGGCAUUUGACGAAUGGCACAGGGAAACCAGCAGAUUGACAACCAGGUUCUGCACCACCUGCGGCAAAAGUUUCCAGAAGUACCAGAGGACGUGGUGUGUGAGUGUGUCCUACAGAACAAGAGUAAUUUGGCUGCGUGCUUCGAGUACCUGACCAAGGUGAGCCCUCGUUUCCUGUACAGUGAAGGCAGCCAGAGUUUGACAGAUCUCCGCAAUCACAUGACCCAGCUCAACCUUGGCGUCUCCCAGAAUACCCAUGGUGCAGUGCAGCGAGAUGCAGUCGGGAUGAAUGGCAGCCGGACUCUCGCCCCCAGUGUGAGCGACGGGCCCCUAAAUGUGCCGUCCGCCCUGUCUGAGUUCUACCAGCCUGAAACGCCCUCUGUGCCCACACACACGCCUGCCAGCCUCAGCAUGGAGUCCACCCGCAAGCCGCAGCCUCCUCAGCACCUCGGCCUGUACCAAGUUGGGGGCAAAGGUCAUGCGCCACCUCCAGCCCCACGCUUCAACCCCAUCACGGUGACGCUGGCGCCCAACACCGGCCGAAAUACUCCUACCUCCCUGCACAUUCACGGAGGGCCUCAGUCGGGUCUGAACAGUCCCAACUCCAUCUACAUUCGGCCCUACGUGACACAGCCAGGCUCGACCCGGCAGGUGCAGUGCCGAGCGCAGUACAGCCCCACAUCCCAGCCCGCGCAACAGAUCUACCAGAUCACUCAUCCCGCGGCACCGCAGAGCUCCUGGAGCCAGCACCAAACCUCUCAUGUCUACAUGCCCAUCAGCUCACCCACCAACACGCAGGCGCCCUCCAUCCCCUCCGCUGUGGCAUCCCAGGCCAUCUCCUCAUCGCCUCUGCCCUCGUCCGGCUCCUCCUUCAGCCAGUAUAACAUCCAGAACAUCUCCACAGGCCCGCGCAAGAACCAGAUAGAGAUCAAGCUGGAGUCUCCCCAGAGGGGUUCUGGUUCAUCCUCGCUCCUGCGCUCCAGCUCUGCCCCACGCUCUGCCUGCAGCUCCACCUCUUCUUCCUGCCCCUCCUCCUGCACCUCUUUGGCUUCGAGCUCCGGCUCUUCCACACCCAUCUCCAUCGGCGGUGCGGGCCUUAGCCGCAGCCAGCCCACCGUCUACAUCUCUCCGUCUCCACCCACUGCUGCUACCGCUCCGUCGGAGGACUGCGCCCUUGUCCCCAACACUCCUCGCUCCCAGCCAAAGAUCUACUUUUCUGCAAACACCUCUGCGGAUGAUGGAGGGGGCAGGAAUCCACCUACAGUCUACAUCUCUGCUAAUCCCGCGCUGCAGGGUCCCGCUGGCCUGCGGGCUUUGGGAAGCCAGAUGAGCAUGGGCCCUGCGUAUAUCCACCAUCACCCGCCCAAAUCCCGUCCUUCCGUUGGAGCUGGAGGCACAGCCACAUCGCCUCGGGUGGUUGUAACACAGCCUAACACCAAAUACACCUUUAAAAUCACUGUGUCGCCCAAUAAACCCCCGUCAGUGUCUCCUGGAGUGGUGUCGCCAACGUUUGAGCCAAACAAUAUGCUCAGCCUGCCUGCCGAUCACCACUAUGCAGAGCCAGAGAUGAGCCAGCCGGACCCACUUUGCCCGCUGCGGGACAAAGCCGCGGAGCCCCGCAGACUCAGCAUGGGUGCUGACGACGCUGCAUACACACAAGCUUUGCUAGUGCAUCAGAGAGCCCGAAUGGAGCGAUUGUGGCAUGAGUUAGAGCUGAAGAAGAGAAAGCUGGAGAAGCUAAAAGAGGAGGUGAAUGAGAUGGAGAGUGAUCUGACCAGGAGACGACUGCAGCGCUCCAACGCUUUCUGUCAGAUCCCAUCUAUUGAGGAGAUGCAGCAGUUGAGGUGUAAAAACAGGCUUCUACAGAUUGAUAUUGACUGUUUAACCAAAGAGAUUGACCUCCUUCAGACACGAGGACCAGACUUUAAUCCCAUUGCAAUUCACAAUUUUUACGACAACCUUGGUUUUUUGGGUCCUGUACCUCCAAAACCCCCUAAAGGUCCUACAAAAGCAGCUGCGGAUCACACAGGUUCUCUUGACAGGAGAGGCCGCAGAAUAAAUGUCAGCUCAAAGUUAAAGAGAGACCCUUCUCUGCCUCCUGUACCUCCUCCUGCCGCCGCUGUGCCCACGGAGGUGAGCCGGACGGAUGCGGGUGUGCGUGUGCUGUCAGAGCCCGAGGAGGACGAUGGCGUUCAGUGGAGCUGCACCGCCUGCACCUUCCUCAACCACCCCGCCCUCAACCGAUGUGAAGAGUGUGAAUUCCCACGCAAUUUCUGAGCCACACACACACGACACACAACAUGUGUAGACUGCCACCAUUUGGCCUCCGCCAGAACGUCUGGACACAUCUGCUGGAGGCUUUCUGUCCUUCUCCAAAGCUUCGUCUUUCCCUCCUCACAGUGUCAUUAUGUGUGUGUGUGUGUUUGUGUUGUGGUGUCCACUGAAGACUGGAUGAUGUUUACAGCUCUUUUGUCUCUGUACAGAAUGUGUGUGUGUGUGUGUGUGUGUGUGUUGUGUGGAAGAUCAAGGGAAACUUCACCUAUAAAAGGCUGAAUGCUGAUAUUAACACGUUUAUAACGUCCACACACACACGGUUUACAUGUGUGUGCGCGCGUGUACGGAUGCCAGUGUGCCUUUUUCAUGGGAACGGACGGUGACUGUUUUUAAGACUUUGUUCCCAAAGGAUCAUGGGCGGGAUCUGCUAAACUCACAGUUAUUUUGUUUGCUAAAUUGAAGAGAAAAAACAGAAAAAAGUGAAAAGAAAAAAGUGCAUGCUUUAGAUGUACAGUUUCAAAAGGCAACACAGAUUUUUACUGUACAUAGUUUUAGAAUGAGCUCCUCCAUGGCCAUUUUAUUUCUCGAGAUUUCACAUGUAUUUCCUGUAAGUAUAGCUUUAUAGACUUCAUUUAUUUCUCUGUUUUUGUUUCUGUCUAUUAAGUAUGGAUUCCCACCGUCAGCUUUCUUGAGAACUUUUAAAGGGAUGCUAAAAUGUGCAAGUGCAAAUGGCGAAAUGCUCUUUGUUUUGCACUAUAUCAGCGUACGAGCUGCAAAUGCAGCAAAACUGAAAAAAAACAGAUCUAGAUUUUUAUUAAUAAAAGGUACUUGACCUCAGAGCGGUCAAAGGACUUCACAGGAAACCCAUAAAGCCCUCGGAUAACAAAUGCUUUCCUAUGUGACAACUGGAAUGUAGGUUUACUAUUAGAAUUUAUACCUUUGUGCCAAAAACUCUUUCCUCGCUAUGCAUCGAUGAAGCUUUAUCAGAGUAUUUGCAGUAACGUGGGUUUGAAAGAAAAGACUUGUUAGAUGAAAACACACACAGUACUCGCUAGCUCGCUAGCCUUCGUGGCUCAGGUUUUAUAAAUUGCCAAAAAAAUACAGGAAGAGUAGCCGACGAAACCUUUCCCGAUGUGCCUUCAGUCUUCAUGCGGUUCACUGUUACAGAUCAUGGUAUAUGUGGUACAUGCACAGUGCCUUCGCUUGCACACGUUACAGAAUUGAAACGGAUCCUUGGAAGUGUUUUGUAACUUUAAAAGUUUAUGGAGCGAAACCUUUAUCGCAGAAAAGCGAUGUUUUGUCACCCGUCCUCAUAGGAGUGCGAAUGCAUUAAGUGUGCAUUGAAAAGUUGAAUGAGGUUGUUAUUUAUAAAACAAACAAAUACACCAUUUCCGAAUGCUGGUUUCUGGUCUCCAGGCUGAAGAUUUAUUCAGUCUGCUUUUCUGUUUUCAUCUUUGGCUCCACGCACAACACUUUCUGUGCUGUUUCACCAACUCUGCAACAACCCAAAGAAACCAUUAAAUCUGCUUUUAAAAGGAAA